CGGAUAUAAUCAGAAAAUCGGAUUUGGGCAUCAAGACCUGCAGUGUAAAUGCAGCCUUAGAUCCACUGUUGAUCAGGAAGUCGAAUACAAUUUUAAUUCAUGUCUAAACAUAAAACUAAUUUGCGUGAUCUUACAAUUUUCUUGUAAAAAAUAUGAAAAAAAACCAUCAAAAUUAAAUAAAUGUAAUAAAAUAAAUGUAAAAACACUAAAAACUAAUAUAGUUUAGUUAUAUCUCACACAUACACACAUAGGACUCACACAAUAAAGGGGGAAUUUAUGCCUAUAAUGCUUUAAAUACAAAAAUAAUGGGACACCAAAGUGUACUGUAUUCAAUGAAAGUUCCAUACAUGACCAGGCAGUAGUUUAAGAUAUUGAAACAAAAUUAGGCCUAUAUUGGACCUGAAUGCUGCUGUAAGGUAUCCUAAAUUUAAAGAUGUUGUUAUCUCUCGAUUAGAGUUCAAGUUUGCAUUGUUUCUGCUGUUCUCUCACUUUAAGUGCUCUUUUUUUCAUCAAUGGAAUUUAUGAGGGAUUAUUGGAUUAUGCAACUAAGGCAUGAGAAUUUAGAACAUAAAUGACUCUUCUUGGGUGUAAUUAUGUUUUUAUAUGUGUAAUGAAGUUUCUGUCAUAGCUAAAUACAAUUUCACAUUAUUUCAUAUGUCAGAAUUCACAGUGCUGAAACCUAGAACAUGUAGCAUCCAAGUGUGUCAAAGGUCAGUCAAGUUGGUCUGUCAAAGUUCACUACAAAGUUCAAGCUGAAGCUCUCUUUAAAUUCGACACAGAAAUCUGCAUUGAAGACAUUGCUGUGUAUCCAUCACAGUUUGUUUCACUGCAUUUAGUUAUCCGAGAAAUCUGGUUAGUUUAACUGAGUAGUUGUACUGAUAAAGUUUACAUGUCGACAUCACUCGCAACAGCCCUUCAAGAAUGGAAGGUUCAGGAGAAAGAAUUACAGCAGCUUCAGGAGACCCACCGGCUUUACUUGCAGAAGUUGGAGGAAGUCUCCAAACUUCAAAAAAGCUUUGCUGCCUCCAUAUCUCGACAGAAAAAGAAUUUAAAGGACAAUUUAAAGGCUUUGUCAAAAUUUGAUAAAGGACUGACUGAAGAGGAGAAGAAUGAGGUGAAGAAGGUCAAAGGUCACAUUCAAAAUAUGCCAAGCCUAAUCUUUCAAAUGGAAGAAUUUAUUCCAAAGAAAAAUGGGCUUCAUCUCAGUCUCGUCAUUGGGAGUGUGAAUGUCAACCUUCCAAGCAAACAGGCAAAAGCUGAAUACAAAGAUGAGCAUGAAAGGUUCAAGCUGUAUGUGAACGUUAUUCUGUUCCUGCUGGCCUUCAUAUGUCGCUUCUUCAUCAGCUACAGAGUUUUCGAUGCCCUUUUUUACUUCCUGUUGGUUUGGUACUAUUGCACCCUGGCAAUCCGUGACAGUAUUCUCAUCAGCAAUGGAUCCAGGAUUAAAGGCUGGUGGGUUUUCCACCACUACAUUACCAUCUUUCUGUUUGGGGUCAUGCUAACCUGGCCAGAUGGUGAAAUAUACCAGUCUUUCAGGAAACAAUUUCUGACCUAUUUUUUGUAUCAAAGCUUUGUGCAGUGUCUAAGUGCGUCUCUCAACAGGCUAAAAGCACAAGGGGAAGGACACAACUUGGAUUUGACUGUUGAGGGAUUUCAGUCGUGGAUGUCGCGGAGACUAACAUUUCUUUUUCCCUUUCUCUUCCUGGGUCAUUUCUGGCAGCUUUGGAACAGUAUUUCCCUGUUCAGAAUGGCUCAGCUCCCUGAAUGUAAAGAAUGGCAGGCUCCCAUCUGUGGCUUCUGCUUUCUGGUUCUGUUUGCGGGAAAUUUUUUCACAACACUUGCAACUUUUCGUCACAAACGCCAAACCCAGCAAAAUACCAAGAGGCUGUGAUUUUUAAAAGCUUUCGUAUAAUUUUUUUAUUUUUAUUUUUUUGGGGGGGGGGAAAUAAGCUGAAAUAUAAGACGUGAAAUUUAAGUCAAUAAUGGACCUUACACAAAAAUGUUUAUCUUCCAGAGACCGUGCAGAUGCAUUUUGUUUUGAACGGAUGUUGGAUGUUGAACAAUCUAUUAUAAAGUUGUUUGUGUGAAAUUUUCAGACUUGAAUAAACGAUAAGAAUGAA